AUGGGGAAGAAUUGCACGACUACAGAAGAACAAUCCACCAAAAGCAGCGAAGUUGUCAAUGUCGACGAGGGAACAUUGUUUGAGGACUUGAUCAGAGACAUCCUUCUGCGACUGCCAUGGCAAUCAGUCAAUCGUUUCAAGUCUGUAUCGAAGAAUUGGCUUCGUUUGGUAUCCGAACCCUCUUUUGUAAAGGAUUUUCAGUUCCAAAAUCAUGAUCUAUUAGGUUUCCUCCACUCUAACUUGAAUCGAGUCAAGUUCUGUCCUAUUCCUCUUCUUGAAAACCCUAUUUGUGUUAGAGACUUGAAAAGGACCUCGUUUUCUUUUCCUCAACAUUGCCUUGGCGUAACGAAUCUGUCGAAUGGGUUUGUCCUUUGUUGGUACAGACAUUAUAGGCAACCAAUCUAUGUAACAUCAUACUUUGUAUACAAUCCUAUCACAGAGGAGCAACUACAUCUCCCUCCGCUGUCACAGAUAUAUAUGGAACAGCCAUUAGAUCGGCAAAAUAGAUUUCUUGUAACAGGCUUUCAAUUCCACUAUGACUCUGAAACUCCCUCUUUCAUUGUGGCGCAAUUGGUCAAUCGGGAAAAAGGUCUGCAAGUAUACUUCUUUUCUUCAGAAACCUUCAAAUGGACAUCGACAUUGCACGAUCUCAGACAUAUGUUUCGUGGCGAUGAAAGUUUUGCAUUAUCAGGUCCAUCAACAUUUUACAGGGGUUCUCUUCAUUGGGUAUCCGAACCAUUAGGUGUUGUUUCCUACAGUGUGAAGAAACAGCAAUUUAGCUUCCGUAGAAUACCAGCGAUAAGGGAUGAUCAACAUGUCUAUCGUUGUAUGUUUAACCAAAAAGGCGAUAAACAUAUUCCAAUUCCUCCUCACUGUAGGUGCAGAUACUUGGGAGAAUGUCUGGACAAGCUCCUUUAUAUUCAGGUUGCUGGGGAUUCACAGUUGUAUUUAUGGAAGCUGGAGGAUUAUCAUCGCAAUAAAUGGUCUCUUAGACAAUCAAUUAUCAUUGAGAAUGUGCCCAUGCCGUUCGUACGUGGAUCGAUUGUGGGUUUUGAUCGCAGGGAUGAUCAGGUUCUCUUCCUCAAGCUAAACAGAAUGAUACUUUCCUAUCAUCUUAGGUCCAAGGAAUUGACGAUGCUUUAUGAAGUUCCAUCAGAAGAUUAUGAUAAUUUGCAUUUUUUCUGUGCUUAUGAAUUGCCAAAAUCGGUACCUUUUCUAUUUUACAAGUCCUACUUUUCUCAUAUGUAUGGCAGCAAGAAUGUUUUGGUAUCUAACGAACUAAAUUUCCCCGAAUGA